AUUUCAAUUCAAUGGUUCUUGCAGCAGAAUCUCGGAUCAAAGAGGAAAAUGAGGACACCAAUGUAGGACCUCCUAAUAUCCCCCGUCAUCCAGAGGUUCUUGCAAGAUGGGAUCCAGCUAAAGCGCGGAGGCCAGACAUUGCUGAAGCUCCAGUAUUCUACCCUUCAUUAGAGGAGUUUGAAGAUACAGUUGCUUACAUAGAAAAAACACGUCCCUCAGCUGAACCAUAUGGUAUUUGCCGUAUCGUACCACCCUUGCACUGGUCUCCUCCUUUUCGGCUUAGAGAGAAAAGUAUAUGGGACGGUAUAAAAUUCCACACCCGGGUUCAGAACGUGGAGCUGCUUCAGAACAGAGGGCCCGUGAAGAAGAAGAAGAAGAAGAAACCAAAGGCAAGAAAACGGAAACGAAGUUACCCAAGAGUCGUUUCCUCCUCCAAGAGACGACCUAGCUCAGUUUCAUCUCCCGAGGAAGAAGAGGUAUUUGGUUUCAACUCUGGCCCAGACUUCACUCUUGAGGAGUUUGAGAAGUACGCUCGGCGUUUCAAGGAAUCCUAUUUCAAAAUGAAAGAAGGUAAUGCUCCGUCCAUCGAAGAGAUGGAAGGAGAGUAUUGGCGGAUAGUUGAGCACGCAGCAGCCGAAGACGAGGUCGAGGUAUAUUAUGGAGCUGACUUAGAGAACAAGGUUCUUGGAAGUGGAUUCGAGAGAGGAGAAACUUCUGGUUGGAACCUUAACAACUUGCCUCGUCUCUCGGGCUCUUUACUGUCAUUCGAGCGUGGAGAUAUCUCGGGCGUUCUCGUGCCAUGGGUCUAUGUUGGGAUGUGUUUUUCAACCUUUUGCUGGCAUGUGGAGGACCAUCACUUAUACUCACUAAACUAUAAUCACUUUGGUGAGCCAAAAGUGUGGUACGGAGUUCCUGGAACCCAUGCAACGUCACUAGAGAAGGCCAUGAGGAAACAUUUACCAGAUCUUUUCGAGGAAACACCUGAUCUACUCCAUGGACUCGUCACUCAGUUCUCACCUUCGAUUUUGAAAGACGAGGGAGUCCCGGUUUUUCGUGCGGUUCAGCGUGCAGGGGAGUAUGUUCUCACAUUCCCUAGGGCGUAUCACGCCGGUUUCAACUCCGGUUUCAACUGUGCAGAAGCUGUGAACGUCGCUACGGUUGACUGGUUAUCUCACGGACAGAAUGCUGUGGAGUUAUUGAGUAAUGAGAACAAGAAAACGUCCGUGUCUCAUGACAAGCUUCUCCUUGGAGCAGCUUACGAAGCUGUUAGGUCCUUGUCAGGUGGUGGGGGAGAGAGUGGAAAGAGCUUAGCAUGGAGAAGCUUCUGCGGGAAGAACCUGACUCUUACUAAGGCAGUGGAGACUCGGUUACGUAUGGAAGAAGGAAGGAUUAAGGCUCUUGGAAGCGGUUUCAAUUUGAUAAAGAUGGAGAAGGACUUUGAUUCGAACUGCGAGAGGGAAUGCGUUAAGUGCUGUUAUGACUUGCAUCUCACGGCAUCUGGCUGCAACAAAUGCUCUCCUGGAGAGUAUGCUUGCACUAAGCACGCUAACGAGCUUUGUUCAUGCGAAGGGAAUGAUCGGUUCGUACUUCUUCGUCACACCGUAGAUGAGUUGAGAUCGUUGGUUAGAGCAUUGGAAGGCGAAGCAGAGCAUCUAAAGACUUGGGCUUCCAUGGUUAGAGAAGAUUUUUCAGAGGCUCAGGAGAGAGAACCUAGAGGUUUUGAUCUGAAUCUUGAGUUUCAAGGGGAUGAUGGGGAGUUUGAUGAUACUUCAGAGACACGCCAUGAUGAAGCAGAGGAUCUAAAAACUUGGGCUAAAGAACCUAGAGGUUUUGAUCUGAACCUUGAGUAUCAAGUGGAUGGCGAGUUUGAUAAUACAUCAGACGCACGCCAUGAUGCAUCCAUGUUGAACUUUGCUGCCUAUGUGGAGACUAUAAACCUAGGGUUCUUGGUUUUCCGAGAGCUUUGGUGUAACAAGCAUGCGAUAUAUCCAAAUGGGUUCAAGAGUAGGGUUAAGUUCUACAACGUGAAAGAUCCAAUGAGAAUGAGCUAUUACAUAUCUGAGGUUGUAGAUGUAGGACUUAUGGGUCCAUUCUUCAAGGUUACUCUGGAGGAAGCUCAUCAAGACGAGAGCUUCUCUGCUGGCUCAGCUCAGGCAUGCUGGGAAAUGGUGUUGCAGAAAGUUAACGAAGAGAUCAAGAAGCGCCGAGAACGUAAUAUUCAUACUUUGGAAAGCAUCAACGGGUUACAAAUGUUUGGUUUUCUCUCCCCGUCCAUAAUUCAGGCCAUUGAGGCUCUUGAUCCGAACCAUCGCCUAGUGGAGUACUGGAACCAUAAGAAACAGGGAGGUUCGUUGGAAGUGUGA